UUCAGUCCGCUAGAGCGGAGGGGGGCUGGAGGAAAAUAGCUAGCGUUCGAGCGAGAAGGCUAACGGGGAGGGAGACCGAAGUCGACAUGGAGCUGUCCGCCGUCGGGGAGAGGGUGUUCGCCGCCGAGUCGAUCAUCAAACGGAGGAUAAGGAGGGGUCGAAUGGAGUACCUAGUGAAGUGGAAGGGCUGGUCUCCUAAAUACAGCACCUGGGAGCCGGAGGAGAAUAUCCUGGACUCGCGGCUGUUCGCCGCUUUCGACGAGAGGGAGCGCGAACGGGAGCUGUACGGGCCCAAGAAGAGGGGACCGAAACCCAAGACGUUUCUGCUCAAGGCACAGGCUAAGGCUAAAGCCAAGUCGUAUGAGUUCAGGAGCGAGGCGGUCCGAGGGAUGUGCGUUACCUACCCGACCCCGGAGCCCGUUGUUACCCCCAGGGCCAGAGAGGGCCUGAGAGCCGUCGUCCCCACCAUCUUCCCACCCAGCACUGUCAACAGGGGGGAGAGUGUACGCAGCCGGCCGCUAGAGCCGACCCGCGAACACAGGCCGCCUGGCCUACAGCCAGCAAGCCCAGACAGAUUCAUGCACAUCCCCAAAAAGAGAGGGCCCAAGCCCAAGCUCCGCUUCAAAGACGGCCCCAGCAGCCAUCAAGUCCCCGAGCCCCACAAGAGGAGAGCGGAUGUGCAGCUGAGUUUCAAUCCCCACAAACUGGCCAAGAUUCAAGGGAAUGAAGAGAGGGUCUCCGAGAUGAGGCUGAUUAAACUGUCCCACCGACAACCAGAGAACCACGGUUACGCCCAUAAAAAUCACCACCAUCACCACCACCACCACCACCACCACCACCACCGCACCACGCACAUGCGGGCUCUGUCCAGCAUGAGCCACCGGCAGCAGCCCUACCCAGACCGGGGCCUGCAUCCACACAGGACAGAGUCAGAGACACACAGGACUAAAGAUGGCCCCAGCUACCUGGCCCCUGCCCACUUCAGACACCGCUCCGCGGGCUGCUGGAACGCCAGUAAGAGUCAGCCCGGCGAGCUGUCGCAAACAGAGAAACCCUCCUUUCUGGACAGGCCGUCCCCCACCCGGUUCGUCACCGACGUAGAUGAAGUGACAUGGAGGCCGUCCCUCGGCAACGUCGAGAAGGUCCUGGUCACCGAUGUGACCACCAACUUCCUGACGGUCACCAUCAAAGAGAGCAGCACUUCUCAAGGCUUCUUCAAAGACAAAAGAUGAUCCGAUUCAUUUCAGAACUUGUUUGCAUUCGCCCCUUUUCUCAAACUUGUAUCAAAAUCCUUUUGAAGUUUAUAGGAUACAGUGAUUAUAAAAUGUUUUUGUAUGUAAUAUAUAGAGAAACAAAUUAGACUGUAUAUGUGUACAUAUUAUAAAGUUUGACAUCUAUUUAAUGUAUUGACCAAAUCAAAUGGAGCCCCGCCCCCCCCUCUCAAAAGGCUGUUAAAAAUAUCCUCCGCGGCAGCUCGCCAGCCCCCGUGCGCGGAGGUUCUUCUAUUUUGUUUUGAAAAUUGUUCAACUUUAAAAAAAAACAAAAAACAUUUUUUGACGUCAUUCUUCCCAGUGUGGAGUGUAGAGUUCUGCCGUGGUCCGCUGAGAGAAAGCAAACUGAGGCCUACUUGGAGACUAAAAUAUCUCACUGUGAAUUCACACGAGAGACUAAAGAAGAAGGUCCCAAAUUUAAAAAAAAGAAGAAAUAAAAUAAAAGAUAUAAAAAAAAAUUCCUCUAGCACCUUUCUUAAAUAAAGAUGUUUC